AUGUCAAAACGGGGUGUCGUCGAAUCUUCCGACAACGACGAGGAUUUCGAGCCGGCUCGAGCGUCCCAGCCAGUGGUGGGUAGCCGGAAAUCGAAGCGUCUUCGACUCCAGAACAGCCCUUCGGUUUCUGGGAAUUCUGAUGAGGAAGUGGAGCCAGCUAACUCACAAAAAAGCAUCGCCAAGAAAGGAAGACGGCGUCACAGGGAUUAUCUCAAUCCCGCUGCCGACGACUAUGAUUUUACCCGUGAAUUACCGCCGAGGGCUUUGCACCAUAGGGCUGAACAUUUAAGGUCAAAGCGACAACGAAAAAUGGCAGCUGGGAAGAAAGUUAGUGAGAUUGGGAGGCUGUUAAUUGAGAAACACCUCGAGCCGAGCUUGGUCUGGAAUACGAACAGAUUGUUGACGCAACAAUACCAACUGGACUAUCAUUUUUCAAUGGGUACUUUGGCAGAGCUGAGGAAUGGAGACUGGGAAGCACCACUUUAUGCGGCGCAUUUCCGAAGAAAAUUUGCUGUGCGAAUCGAAGACGGGAUCCCGUUCGGCAACAACCACGUGUUUCCUGAAAAUUGCGGUAUCGAUUUGCUGCUCGGCGCAUCCGGGCUCCGCUUUGAGGAUCUAAAGUCUGCGGCGGUGCUCUUUCAGGUCGAAGACACUAUUCGCUCGAUAAGCCGUUAUGGGUAUUUGCCGUUGUACGAGCAGGAUGAGGAAGAGCCGGCCGCGUUGAAGAGCUACACCAUCUAUCUGGAGACAUUACCAGAACUGGCGAAGGAGGUCACCGAAGCGGCUGACCUGAUCGGCUUGGCACGCUAUAAUCAAAUCUAUGAGUCGCUGCGGGCUAAGCCUGUGGAUCGGGUAACUGAUGCUCACCUCGUGUUGUCGCUCAUCGAAUCCGACGCCAAAUUGGGAUACGGGGAGCCAGCUCGAGAAGACGCCGUCCCGAAAAGCUGCGUGCCAAGUUGUCCACUGAACAAAACCGGAACAAGUAUCGGAAAGAAAGGCCGGCAAUCCUGUAGGGAAUCGACCGGAAAUGGUGCUUUAAACGAUAGUAGAAGAGUGGAUACUGUAGACGAGAAUCGAAAUCGGUACCAGCGGAAGGACGAGCUGGCUGUGCAAUUUUGGACGAAUCUACCCGAUUUCAUUGAAUAUUUCGAUCCGGCGGACCGUCCAAGCCCUGAGGGUCGACUCGAGAAAGUCGUACGCAUGGAAGGCUAUGAUGCUACAUCUUCGCGUGAUUGGCUCCGUUUGGUCAUGUCGACACGAUUCCCGACCGAAAUCGAAUACGCCGUCUACAAUUGCAGCUAUAAAAAAAGAGACAAAGAACCCAGUGACCUCUUCAUGUCCCAAACAGCAGCCUCCCCUGAGAGAUGUCUAUUAUGCCGCAAGAGCUGCCCCAACCUAUUCGCCCUGCUCCUCCACUACCAUACCUCGUACCCGAGGCUGUGCUUUUUGGUAGCGAUGCACGAGGGGGAUACGCCUGAACCCGCCGAUUCGCUGUUGAUCGAAAUUUACUACGAUGAGCACCAUCUGGAUGUGUAUAUGUUGCCAGGAAGUGGGAGGGGCCUCGAUGAAAAUGAGCUCACCGAGAAGGACAGACGGCGAGCCGAAUACAUUUCGAGCAGCUCCCAAUACAGCUACUUCCUCAGCAAAACUCACACCAACUACUUCAAGCGUGAACUUCGCAUGGACAAUCUAAUGUUUGUGAAGACCACGCGACAACGAGCUGUUUGCAAGAAUCGUAACACCGUAUUUGCCGAUGGAAGAUACAACGUAGCCCUUUUGCGUGUUGGUAGGGAAGAAUCGGAAAGGAUGUUAUUCUUGGAGGCAAUGAGGAAUCUGUACGAAUUCAACGACGUCGACCCGGAUACGCUGCGAUACUUUGGUAUUUACAACUAUUUCCGGUGGCAAGUUGGCCCGGCAUACAAGCGAAGCACACAUCAUUUAUUGCGUCUCUUCUUCAUCGCUUAUUACAAAUGCUUAAAAGAGACACGUCUUCUAAACCGCUUCCACUCCCAUAUCCUACAACUGCGAGAGCUGAACCAGUUGAAAGACGACCACCUGGAAGACCUGGAAAUGAUGCUAAUCGAGACCGGUGACCACGACCCGAAACUCCACCUCACCCCCUUCCAAUGCAAAUUUUCCUUCUACUAUCGAUCGUUGAAAAAUAUGGUGGAGAAUACGAGUUAUGGAAAAUGUCCGGCAGCAGAACGAGAAGCGAUGAUCCAGAGAAUAGACGCAUUCUUGCCAAAGACGCAUCGAUUGAGUGCAUUUCGGCUUAAUAGCUGCCAGGUGAUCACUGACAGCGCUGAAAUUCCGGAGCAUAUCCAGCCACGGUAUUGGGUGCAGCAUUUUGGAAUUUUGACGAAUGCACAUCGCUUUUCGUACUCGGCCGAGGGCAAAGUUCCGGAAUUGCCGUGCUCAAUGACAUCCAAAAUCCGUCAACUGGUAUCUGCCGGUUGUGCCUAUCCGUGUGAUCACCAAAAGCCCUGUCUCUGCUCACCCACUAAACCUGACGAUGGACUCGACGAGAACCCACGCCCACUUUCUCCGCGCUCAAAAAAAGUGGCCGCAGCCACGGCAUCCGAAUUCUACAUUCACGUCAAGGACAACGAUCGGCUGGGCAGGAGGGCGGCCAAGCGAAAACUU